UCCUAGGAGAAACACCCAGCAGCUGCCCUGAUCCUCUCUUCCUCUCUCCCCUCCUGCUCCCCAGAGAUAAGAGGUGCAGCCCAUUGGCAGGUGGCGGUGGGGAGACAAGUUCUGCCUGUCUAGAGAGGCACUGACCUGAAAAAUAGUGCCAGGAUUUUAACAAACUACCCAAUGGAUCUUAAAGACACCACCAGCGAGGGCAGCAUGGGAAGCCUGGAGCCCUCCAGCAUCCAGAUGUUUGCCAACACUUCCUCCCUCCAUGGGAUCCGCUACAUUUUUGUCUAUGGGCCGGUGACGAUACGGCGGUUGCUGUGGACCGUGGCAUUUGUGGGGUCGCUGGGUCUCCUCCUGGUGGAGAGCUCGGAUCGGGUGGCUUUCUACUUCUCCUACCAGCAUGUCACUAAAGUGGACGAAGUGGUGGCCAACAGCCUGGUUUUCCCCGUGGUCACCAUCUGUAAUCUCAAUGAGUUCCGCUUCUCCAGACUCACCACCAAUGACCUGUACCACGCUGGGGAGCUCCUGGCUUUGCUGGACGUGAACCUGCAGAUUCCGGAGCCCUACCUGGCUGACCCAGCUGUCCUGGCCGCUCUCCAGGAAAAGGCCAACUUUAAGCAAUACAAACCGAAAGUUUUCAACAUGCAGGAGUUCUUGGGGCGCGUGGGGCAUGACCUGAAGGAUAUGCUGCUGUACUGCAAGUUCAAAGGUCAGGAGUGCAGCCAGAAGGACUUCAAAACUGUGAGUGCGGACAGAGCUUCUGCUUCCUUCUCUUCUCUGGGUGUGCGGCCGGGCGUGGGGGUGGAGAAUCCAGCAGGUGGUUAA